UUGCUGAAAAUUUGCCAUAGGAGACAAGCCUAUUUCUAAGAGUUUCGACUCAUCCAAUCAGACAAAAGGCUGAGGAAAGGGGAGGCAUUUAUCAAGUUACACGGAGGACUCCAUCUGUUAUCUUAGACCUUUGUUACCAAGUGACACAAGAGGAGGUACUCAAGGCAGUUUCAAAGAGUUUUAUUUUACAGAUUCUUAGUCCAAAGAUUUCAAAUUAGAGAGAAGUAAAAGCGAAAAAGGAGAAAAGCCAACUAAGUGUGAUGCAGAAGCCUUCUUCCUGGCAUACUACUGACAUUUAACCUGGCCAGAGCCUCCGGUGAUGAUGAAGUUGCCUUUUCAGCUGGGUUCUGUCUGUUCAGCCUCUGUAAUAAAUGCUGUCAAAGGGACAGUCACUUCUCGUCACUCACAAAGGUCUUGGUUUUGAACCUCACCCUCACAAAAGCCACUUCUCAUUAUGCCAAACCAACAGAAGAAAGUCAUUUUUUGCAUGGCCGGGGUAUUGAGCUUCGUGUGUGCCCUUGGAGUUGUGACAGCCCUGGGGACACCGUUAUGGAUCAAAGCCACCUUCUUCUGCAAAACGGGGGCUCUGCUAGUCAACGCCUCAGGGCAGGAGCUGGACAAGUUCAUGGGUGAGGUCCAGUACGGGCUUUUCCAUGGAGAGGGCGUGAGGCAGUGUGGAUUAGGAGCAAGGCCCUUUCGGUUCUCAUUUUUCCCAGAUCUGCUCAAAGCAAUCCCUGUGAGCAUCCACGUCAACGUCAUCCUCUUCUCCCUGAUUCUGGUCCUCCUGACCAUGGUGGGCACAGCCUUCUUCAUGUACAAUGCUUUCGGCAAGCCUUUCGAGUCUCUGCAUGGUCCACUGGGGUUGUACCUUCUGAGCUUCAUUUCAGGCUCCUGUGGCUGUCUUGUCAUGAUUCUGUUUGCCUCUGAAGUGAAGAUUCACCACCUCUCAGAAAAAAUUGCAAAUUAUAAAGAAGGGACUUAUGCCUACAGAACACAAACUGAAAAAUACACCACCUCAUUCUGGGUCGUGUUCAUUUGCUUUUUUGUUCAUUUUUUGAACGGGCUCCUCAUACGACUUGCUGGAUUUCAGUUCCCUUUUGUAAAAUCAAAAGACACAGAGACGACGAAUGUAGCUGCAGAUCUAAUGUACUGAAAAGCAGACGUUUCUGCAGUUUUCCAAGGCAGUGAGUGGACUUGCUUUGGUCACUUGGAUAUGGUUCAUUUUGUCCACCUUUUAAAUGCCCUAAUUAAAGCAUCCAAACCCUCGGUGAUCAUGUUUACACACUAUGCACUAAGGACACAGGCUGGAAAGUAAAGGGAGCAGAAGGAAGGCUUUCGAAGGCUGUGCUUCCUGGUGGGAAAUGACUUCACCCGGGGUUGUCAAGGCAGUCGACUGGAAUGGACAGAUUCUUGCUCCAUACACACAGCAACAUGCACAAUGCCUUUCCAUCCUGGAGGAAUCAGAAGGCACGGGGAAUAUAUUUUAAUACGAACAAAUACUAUUUCUGAUCUACCCACACAUUUGUUGCUACAGACACCAGAAAAGAAAGCUACAAUAACUUUUUUUAAAUGAUAGUGCAUUAAACGAGCUUUUUUAAAAAAAGUUUAUUUAAAGCACAGUCUUACUAUCUAUGCCUGUUGAUUAUAAUUUACAAACCUCUAAAAGUAAAAAUAAGAAAAACAAAGCUAAGGGUAUUUUCUCUCCUGUGCCUAUGACCCCACUGCAUUCACACAGUGCAUACAAGGGAAAGAACUGUGAGGCCCACUGAAGAAUCAUGAAAAAUGAGUUUUCCUAGUGAACUUGAUACAAAAUGACACAUUGGGGCUGCUGCUUCCUACUUCAGCAUCUUGAGCACUAAUUCCCAAUUAUGAAAAUUAUAUUAUACUCUGGGAUUAUGAUGGUAAUGCUUUGUCCUCUUGGUUUCUGGUCUAGCGGUGGCAAAGCAUGACCCAGGUCAAUUCCCCGCCCCUCGAUUUAGCCAUGAAAUUGAUCUGUGGCUGACCAACUGAGCCUGAAACCAACUCUCCCUCUCUCCUCAACCUCCUGGCCUCAAAAAAGCACACAGAAAGAAGCGGAGAAUGACAGAACACAUCACCAGCCCCCUCACCAUUGUUGCUCAAUACUCACUGCUCACUCCAGAAUUUUGAAAGUGCUUGUUUAAAAAAAAAA